AUGGCUGGCAAUAUUGCACUUGGAAUAAAAGAGGUUCAACAUGAACAUUCUGGAGACGAAAGUGAUGAUGAUGUUGAUGAUGUGGUUGAGCAGAGCCCUUGUGGAAGAUGGGAGAAGAGACGGCAAGAGGUUAUUGUUAAACUAAGCUUAUUUAGCUAGGGGGAGCACAUACAUCUGUUUCAAAGUUCCUAUGGCCUUUUUGUUUCAAAGUUAAACGGCCAAAUGUAAGGCAAAAAUAGCAGUGUUAUAGAAAGUCUAAAAAAGAAGUACCUCAGUAUGUAGUGUCAUUAUUUGACCAACCAAGAGGUCAAGAUGGCUGGAUUGAUCAGGGAUGAAUUUGAGGUCUGUUAAGGAAAAACAGGAGCAUGGCCAAUGUUCAGCUUUGUUAUGUGUCUGAAUCUGCAAGCAGGUAAGAUGAAGCAGAUCCUGUGUUCUGAUUGGCUACCUGAGUGCCCCAUCGUCCCCGCUUGGGAUUUCCUGUGUUAGUCCCACGAGAAAAAAUUUCUCUUUUUGGCCAAAUAAAACGUCAUUUAUUAACCAAGCUUGUUUGGUCAAGAAAGCUGGAUAUUGGCCUCGUUCUUUUAUACAUUUUUAUUGACCUCAACCUUGCCUCAGUCUAUAAUAUCUAACCAUCUUGACCGCAUGCUUGAUCAAAAACAUAAGUCUUGACUUCUUAAGUGCCUAACGCAGGAAAGACAUUCAGGAUAAAAUUGCUCACGUUUUGCAAGAACUAAAGAAGAUGCAGACUCGAGAGUCUUUUUUGCACUAAAUGGAGUCCUUGAAAAAUGGGAAAUGUGUCCUUAAAAGUCCUUGAAAAGUCCUUGAACUUUUUGUUCAAAAAAGGGUACAAACCCAGUAGAAAAUCUUAGUAUUUUCUAACAAAACCAUAUGCUGGGCACUCUGGGUUUCACAGGUUCAGAGCAUUGGGCUCCUUUCAGUUUUUCUUAGAACACAGCCUUGAGCUUGCAAGAUGGGCCAUCUUGCCUGCUUGGUUACCCUAUCAGAACACAAGAUUUCCUUCCUGUUACUUGCUCAUGGAGCAGGCUAUAUAAUGCGGAUAAUAAUAUAUUUUUCUGAUUAUUUUAAGACAUGAUUUGGGGACAGAAAAUUAUUAAUUUAAAAACUAAACAGUAUUAUGGUAAGUUAAACGGCUUCAGCUCGACUUAUGGAUAUAUUAAAAACUAAAAAUUAUUAUUAUUGUUAUGUUUGUUUUUUAUCUGUAGGUGAUGCAGCGAGAUGUUCCUGGCAUAGAUCACUCUUUCCUUGCUAUGGACACUGAGGAAGGAGUUGAGGUGGUUUGGAAUGAAGUGCAAUUUUCUGAGAGAAAAUCAUUUAAAAGCCAAGAGGUACAAUUUGUUUUUAAUGUGUGUUUUUGCUGUGCAUACUGGUGCUUAAAUCCUGUGGACGCUCCUCUGUGCCAAUUUUCUAUCAUUUUUACGGCCUCGUACCCUAGGACUAUUAUCAAUAUUAAUUUAGAUCAACUACCUCAAAGCUUAGAAUAAUGUAUUUUUUGUGUCAUUUGCCUAUUGUAAAUGGUUUCUUUAUUUUUCUUUAGGACACUGUUAAAGCUGUCUUUGAAAACCUGAUUCAGCUGGAUGUAUGUAGUAUUACCUGAAUAAAUUCUAGACAACACUGGGUUGAUGACCUAGGAUCAUUUUUUCUAUUGAUUUGUAUAUAUUGUGUUAGUUUUAAUUUUUCCCCUUUUUUAAUCAUUAUAAAUAAAAUAGUUUAAUAGUUGCUUUAGUUUUAAUUUUUUCCUUUUUUUUUACUCAUUGUAAAUAUAAUUAGGAUAUGGUUGUAAAUUUGUAAAUAUUUAUCAAUAAUGUUCUUUACAUGACUGUAAAGUGCCUUGAACAUAGGAUAAGAGCACUAUAGAAAUAAAGUUAUAAAUUAUUAUUUUUAUUAUUAUUAUUAGGUGACCCAGUUUCAUGUCAAAUUCUCCCUUUGACUGAAAUACAGCGUUUGCAUAAGUAAAGCAUAUCACAAAACCAAUGGGCCGUUAUGUUUUCAUUCAGAUUUUAUGAUAAUUAUAUUUUUUGCUACUUCUUUCAAGGAAAAAAGUAGCCAACUUCUCUGAGAAAAGUAACCGAUGCAUUUCGUUGGUCAUCAGCACUUACUGAAACCCCAAAUGGUGCGAACAAAAGAAAGCCAACCUUUGUUUUUUGCUUUCUUUUAUAGCAUGCAAACAUUGUGAACUUUCACAAGUUUUGGACCGACGCUCGAUCUGAAACUCCACGUGUCAUCUUCAUCACAGAAUACAUGACAUCUGGUUCACUGAAACAGUUCCUGAAGAAGACGAGGAAGAGUAAUUACAAAACAUUGAAUGAAAAGGUUAACAGCAAAACUUACAUUGUAUUAAUUCACAGUUUAAUUUGUUCACUCAGUGUUAUACUAAAGUCAUUGGGUCUCUCUCUUUCUUAUCAAACUGUUUCCUUUACAGGUUUGGAAAAAGUGGUUGAGGCAAAUUUUGUCAGCUCUAAGGUAACUGCAAGGCAUGAGCUUUUUAUUAUAGCCUUUAACAACUGCCUGCCAGAUGAAAAAUAAGUCAGCUAAUUUGUGUGUUGAAUGCGACUUUCAUUAACUGAGCUCAGUUGGGCAAAGGAAGUUCUUCUUCCCUGGAAGGCAACACCAUGUAGAAUCCCAAGAUUUUCCACCAGUACUAAAACAAAUCCCUGUCCAACAUCCUCCCCCCCAACCCCCCAUCAAAGUAUCCUUACAGACAAAGAGCCACCAUUUUCUUACAAACUUGUAUUUCUAAUAUUUUUAACAAAUCAUGCACCAUGUAUGGCCAAAGUGUAUGAACCUGUCCCUCUCCAGAAUGGCGGCUGGUAUUAAACUAUAACCUAACGGUGUUUCAAAAUCUCACUAUUUGCUUUCGUAAUAAUAAUAAUAAUAAUAAUAAUAAUAAUAAUAAUAAUAAUAAUAAUAACUUUAUUUGUAUAGCGGUAUAUACAAAAGCUCUAUAUCGCUUUACAGUCAAAAAAGAAAAUAACUAACUAACAAUAACACUAAAACAAAAAGUCAAAUGAAAGCAAGUCUGAAAAGAUAAGUUUUCAAUCUAGAUUUAAAAACAUCAACUGAUCCACUUAAUUUAAUGUCUAAGGGAAUAUCAAAUAUCAUUCGUAGUAUCCUUACAAUUUCCCUAGUCAAUACAGUAGCCUUUUCAGGUUAGUUUGAAACAAAGCAUUUUUUUUUUAUAAAUGCUUUCUUCUGACUUAUAUCUCUUCAGCUAUCUUCAUGGUUGUGAAAACCCUAUUGUCCAUGGGAACUUAUCAUGUGAUACAAUAUUUAUCCAGCACAAUGGACUUAUCAAAAUAGGCUCAGGUCAGUUUGUCACUUUAAGAGGGAUCUAAAGACCCCAGGUGAUAUAUCACACUCUGCCUACCCAACUAGCAACCUAACCAUGUGCUUAAAACAAUCAUAACCACAGUUAUGAAAUGCUGAUAUCCCAACAAGAGCCAGAGAUUACUCACACCACAUACCCUUUUUCCUGCUCAUUAACUAAGGGUACUUGCUAUAAGCCAGAAUGGCCUGGCUUGACUGGUCAUUUUGAACUGCAAGGCUAUGCUCUAAGGAAAAUUGAAGGGAACCUGAACCUGGAUAAUCAAAGGUGCCCAGCAUAUGAUUUGUAUGAAAAAUGUAAGAUUUUCUGGUCGCUGAGAGCAAAAGUUAGGUGCCAGGGACCUCUGGGCUUUGCUAGAGCACAGCCUUGAACUGAAAGUCUGUUCUCAAAGUCUUUGCUCAAAGCCAUUCUCUGCCGUGCAUGCUAUUUCUAGGAAUAGGCUGAUCUGGCUGGAUAGUCUGGAUUAAUAGUGGAAGUCUUCCAAUUCUCUUUAGACUUCUCUGGUUUGGCCAGCUAGUUCUGUCAAUAGACCUUUUUACCAAAACGGCAGCCAUAUUUAAUUUAUUAGAUUUCAAGGAGUAUUAUGGGAUGCCCAGGGGGCACUCGCUCAGUAUUUACGUGCGCUUUUGGGGCAGAAGAGAACUUCAAUGUAUAUUUCUCGGGAAAAAGGCGAUCAUUAUUACAUCCAAACACGGCACAAUGAUCUUUUUUUCCCAUUAUUUACAAUCUUUUUCUACGAAAACUUAAAGAAAAAUUGGCCCGAAAAGCAUGCGUAAAUACUGAUGUGAGUACCGUAUUUACCCGUAUAUCGGAUUGUGCUCAUAUCCCCUGGGCAUCCCAUAAUACUCCUUAAAUCCAAUUAAUUCAAUAUGGCUGCCGUAUCACUAAAAAGGUCUAUUGUAGGCGCCUUAAUAUGUUAAACUGUUUUUACCCUUAUUGAUAUUAAGGGGCUGAAAGCAACUUUUUUUAAAAAUUUUUUCCCAGUGGCUCCUGACACUAUUCAUACCCAUGUGAAGACUUACAGAGAUGAAAGACGCAACAUGCACUUCAUAGCUCCUGAGUAUGGUAUGUACUGUAGAUGUGUCAAGUAUCAUGAAACUCUUAUGUUUAGCCACCUGAAUGACACUGGAUGACAUAAUUACAAUGUAUUAAACAGGGUCCGAAAUUGCGCCUUCCUGGUCGCCAAUGCGACUAAAAAUUCAGUCUUGGCGACCAGAAUUUCAUAGCUGGUCGCCAGCUAGCAACUUGUAAAGCUGGUUGUUAUUGUGGACUUAAACGUUCGGAGAAUUGAAACCUCGAAGCUAUUUGCCAACAGGUGUCUUACUUUUUUUCCUGCUGAUAUUUUUUAAUUAAAAGUGAAACGAAGCUUCCUGCAAUAAUACCUCCACAGCAGCUACUAUCAAUACGAGUUGAACGUUUCCAAGCCGCCAUUACGAGUAAUGUGGCACAAAAAAAUGUGGCCUGGUACGAGCAACAUGGCGGCUAUGUUUUGUGGUUGUUUUGUGGAUUGUUUCGUGGUAGUUAUUGGAAGAAAAUAGUUUUGAUAUGAUCCGGUGCAGUCAUGGGCAGACAGCUUUCUGUUCCUACGUUCUAGAUCAGAUGGCUUUACAUGUAUAUCUCCAAAAAGUAAUUUGUGGAAAAAAUGAGACUUCACUCAUACAAGUACGGUUUCUUUCUGGUAUCGGGAGCGGAAGUAUUGCCAUUUUUAAGCACAAAAACGUCCAUACCAUGCAUUUUUUAUUCGUGUUUAAACUUUUAUUUGAAAAUAAGGGAGGGGGAAUUUUUGGCGACCACAAUUUGCCCUCUGGCGACCAAAAAUUUAUACUUGAUCGCCAGUUGGCGCUCGUAUUAAAAAGUUAAUUUCGGACCCUGUUAAAUAAAUACCAAUGAAAUACCAGGUGAGUUUUCACGUGAAAACAUGAUAUCUUCACAUGUUAAAAUAACAUGUUAUCUUCACACGUGAAAAGAUCUCCGUUGUUAUAGCUCCAUGAUAAAUCGCACCUUUCACAGCAAAAAAACUAUCAUAGUGGAAUGGUUUGGUAUUUCAUUGAUUUUUAUAUAAUAAAAAAAACAUUACAUGAGAAAUUUUGUAUCUCCGCGUGGCCAUGUAAUAUCCUCUAUGUUCAUUUUUAGGAAAACCUGGGCAUGUUAUAGACUGUGCUGUUGAUAUAUAUGCAUUUGGAAUGUGUGCCCUUGAGGUAUGAUUUGGUGGAAUAAUAUUAAUAACUUUUAUUUAUUUACCUAUUAGAAUUUUUAGAGUAAGCUGCUGUGCAGACCUCAGGUUGUGGUCUUUGAAAGAAAACCCGGUUUGACCCAGUUUGCAAUGUUUGAUAAGCCAUGUUUUCCUAUGAAGAGUCACAAUAUUGUGCCAACCUUACUGUCUGUGGAUGCUGGAAAUAAAGUGAACGUGGUCACUGGUUCAAGAUGUAGCACUAUUAUGCGGCAAAGGCUCAGUGUCUCAUGCGUGAAGGAGAGGCAAAACACCAAUUUGCUUCAUUCUGUCGAAAAAAAGGGCCUGAUCAACCACUGUAGGCAUCCAGUGGCUCACUUAUGAAUCUAAAUAGAUGGCCAAUGCCUCAUUUCGUCUCUCAUAUUGUAGAUGGCAGCCCUAGAACUGCAUGACAUAGAAGGUCCUGUGCUGAAAGAAAAUAUCACCAAAGCAAUUCAAGGAUUAGAACAACCACUUCAAAAGGUACUGUCCAUGCAUGUGACAACAGACACUUUUAACCAAGCAGCAAGAGGCUUUGUGUUAUUGUGCUGGACACUUCACUUAAGGUGAUGUUACAUGGGGCAAUUCACAACCACAAUUUUAAGUGCUAUACAGCAUUUUAAUGUUGGAACAAUGUUGAAACCAUUUAAAAACAAUGCUGCAACAAUGCUGUAAUGCAGUGUUGCGCUAAAAAUCGUUGUUGCAAAUUGUCCAGUGUAACAUCACCUUUAAGUUUAAAAUGCUGAAACAAGAAAUAUGUGCUACUAGAGAAUGUCAGCGAGUCAGCGAGUGUCUCAAAAAUUAUUGUUUGGCUUGUUUUUAGCUACAUGUAAGAGGGCUGCAUUCAGUACAAUGCUUUAUGUAAUGCAAAGGGAGUCCAGCGCUCUGAACCUGUGAAACCCAGCAUGCCCAUCAUGUGAAUUUCUAUGAAAAAAAACUAAGAUUUUCUAGUCGCCUGGUGCAAAAGUUAGAUGCCAGGGGCGACCGGGCACUGCUAGAACCCAACCCUAUGCAACUGUUAAAUUUUUGUGAUAAUAAUCAUAAGAAAGUGUUUAAAUCUUCAUGCAAUUUCCAUUGUUGGACAAAUUUUCUAAUCAUGAAGUUAUUAUUAUAUUUUGUUUGACAUUUUCUUCCGCAAAUUGUUCAUUCUGACAGGAUUUCAUACGGAGAUGUUUAGCUGAAAAUCCUGCAGAUCGACCCACAGCAAGAGAUUUGCUACUACAUCCCAGUUUGUUUGAGGUUCUGAUAUAUAUGAUACUUUUAGCUUACAGCUUUUUUAUGCGUGUUAUUUCUCAAACAAGCACUUAUUCCAGGGUGGACGGGGCACCCUUAUUUGCCAGUUGGAUGACAAGGAUGUGGAUAUUCUCCAUUGAGUAGAGGGUUCAUCUCUAAUGUUGUGCAAAAAGAAGCUUUUGGUGACAACAGUUCAUUGCCAUCCAGAAAUGUAGACAAUUAGAUUUAAAUAACUGGCUUCUACCUGCUCUAGAUCGGUUUUUACAUUUUUCACAUCAUUCUGUUUUAAGAAACAUCAUUAUCCUUGUAUUUCCAUCCCUAACUGGAAUAGAAAACUAUAUAGUUCAAUGCCCUAUGGAAAGUUUUGCUUUAAACAGUUGAAACCUCGAUCGGUACAUGUGUAUUUCCUAAUUUAUACAUCAGAAAAACUGAUGUAUAUAAAAUUGUGUGAUAACACUUAUGCAUAUGUUACAGGUCAAAAUUAAAUUCAGGUUAAAAUUUUUUAACUUAGGUUGAUUCUCAAUUUUCUUUGUCUCCUAGCCUUAAUUCAUGAAUAGCUGGUGCUAGGAGACCAUUGAAAUUGAGAAUCAACCCAGGUUAGAAAAUUUUAACCUGAACAUACAUGAUGGACUGGCGAACAUACUGUAUGCAUACUAUGGAGAUUAACAGUGUGCUACCUAAAUACCCACAGAGGAUGAAUGGCAUUCAUUCGGGAGGUUUUAGUUGUUAUUUGAUUUUGUCGUAGUAAGUAAUAAUGGCGAUAUACAUAUACAGCUAUGUGUUUAGAAAAUGCUGUUAAAUCAGUAAUGACUAGGUUUUGUUUGUUCAUUAUUUUGUUGUAGGUCCAUUCGCUCAGGUUGCUUGCAGCUCAUUGUAUGGUGGACAGCGAUGGUAUUAUGACUUAAGAGUUACAAAUUUCUUCAUGGUUUAACCCGUGUAUAGUUCCAAGAGUGAACAACUUAAUUUUUCUCCCCGCAGUAUGAAUACAUAAUCAAGAGAAAAAGUUAUGAGAAUAAAGAAAAUGAUUCACCAAAAGGAAAAUGCUUUGAUCUCUCAACUUAUUUCUCAAAGAAAUGUAUGGAGAUCAGUUUGGCUAACAGAUCGGACGCGAAUACCGUUAACUGCCGCUCAUAAUAUCUUCAUAUACAGCUUCCUUAGGGGUUUUAAAAGAGCUUAUAAAGUGAGGGGCUUAUAUCCGGUGUGGCUUAUGACCGGAAUAGGUGAAAAAUACUAAAAUACUUUAGCGUCGAGAAUACAGCCUUAACUAAUACUUUAUGAAAUGCAUUACUUUGUUCAUAACACUGCUGACUUGUAAUGCGUAUUGAUAUAAUGUCAAAUUUGUUUUUUCUUUUUUAGUUGCUCCUCCAGACAAUCGUGAAGACACUGACCCAGAAAGAGUGCUGGCUGUUCUAAAAUUUAGAGAUGGGAGUAAAAAGAAUUGGAAGUAUGAUAGAUAUUCUCAUUUCGUUCCCUCACAAUAAAACACAAUUAAUAGGGAACUCUAGUAACGACGAAGGCGACGACAACGUUAACUUUAAAAAAGCUGUCUAGAUUUAUUAAGAAAAACAACAACUUUGCACGUGCAUCACGUUUUCUUGUAUAUUCCUUUGCCGUCACUGCACGACUACGACGUGAAAAUCCCUAAUUUCACGUUUUAAGGUGAUGUUACACCGGACGAUUCGCAACGACGAUUUAUUGCGCAACACAGGGUUCCAAUGUUGGAACAAUGUUGUAGUUAUUCGAAACAAUGUUGCAACGCUGUGUUGCGCUAAAAAUCGUCGUUGCGAAUCGUCUCGUGUAACAUCACUUUUAUGGAGGACGUGAACAAACGACGACGAGUUUUUCUAUCUCUUUCUAAACUUGAAUGCGGUUCUCAAGAAAUCAACUCCAGGGAAAUUCGCCUCCAUUUGACUUUUUUCGCGAAUUGAAAUAGACGCGACAAAGUUUGUGAAAAACUUGAAUUCAUUUUAAAAUUGAACUGAUUUUUCGCUGCCGUCGCGGUUGUCGUCGUCGAUGUAAAAGCUCCGUAAUAACUUUUUGUAUUGAUUGAAAAGCUGAGUAGUGGAGUAUCAAGAACAUGUAAUUUAAACUGUUAUUUGGAACAAGAUAAGAUACUUUUUAUCAUGUUAUUUGUGAUUUAAAGUUCCAUCAACAUGCGUUUGUGGCAAAAUCUUUCAUCAUGAUGCUUUCAUUUAAUUAAAAAAAGUAACAAAUUUUUACAUUAUGGAAAGUAUAAGGUACACUGUCAUUUCAACAUUUUUAUGUCCGAAGAGUACGUUUUAACAAUUUUAAGUUUACAAUAUAGAAGGUUAAAUUUAGAUUACUAAAAAACACGACUAAACAAUCUUAUCACGUUUUUGAUGUUGCCUUAAUGUUUUGCAGGCGAGGGAAAGCUCCAGCACUUGAGCUUGAAAAGUAUCUGGAAGAAGUUAGGUGGGUGAUCAGAUAGAAAAUACAUUAUGUUAAUGUUCGAGAGUUAUCAUUUGGAAAGUAAUAUCUAUUGCAAGAUUUUCAGUACUCGUUUGUUAUACUAUGUAGUUCCAUGACUCUAACUCACAACUUUGAAGAUGUCCUUUUGUCAGUAGCGACCAAAAUGCCUAGAGAGAUGACAUGCAUCUACAAUAAAGUUUACUCAGCUUGGUGUUCGGAGGUGGGUGGGGGCAGAAGAACUGGCCUUAUUAUCGUCACCCUUCCCAUUAUCGAGACUUGCUUGACUUGAGAUUUGGACUUAAUGGUGAUGGCAUUUGGAUAGCUUUUGAUUUGAAGGGAAAAUUUCUCCUUUAAUCGUAUUUGUUGUUGGACGUAUUAAUUUUCAUGUGUCUAUGAUUCUUUUGUAAUUAAAACAAACACUUUUUCCAUUGGCUAGAAAUGGUCUUUUUCCACUGACUGGAAUGCAGCAAAGAAAAGAGUCGAGACCAAGACAACGGUUUGUAAAUUCCUAUUGAUUUACUGUCAAACCUCUAUGAAGCAGGCACCCUCUACAAACCUGCCAUUUCGAACUUACUUGUAUUAGGCAGUCACCUUUUCCGAGGUCCCAUCGAAUUUUUUUGUAUUGUCUUCACCUCUGUUAAACGGUCACUUUGACAAGAUGUAUCAUACUUCGACAUACUAGUGCAAUGUAUACACAUGAGUAUUGCGUUAAGUGGUCUUUUUUUAACAUAUUUUAUUGAUAACAAUGCUAACAGAACUAUUAAAAUCCUAUUCACAAUUAAUUCACUUGAAAAACUGUUCCGUCAAAACGCUAUUUACGAUUCCUUUCUUUUAAAAAAAAACACUUAGUUUUCAUUAGAAAACAAUUUUUUUACUUAAAAAAAUAUAUUCGAAUUAAAAACAUUUCAUUUCGAUUAACACAAUCCAUUUCGAUUUAAAAAAAAAGUCUAUUUUCAAGGUCAAUUGCAUUCUUACUAAGAAAAUCACUAAAAAAGAGGAAAAUUAAAUAGCGUUCUGAAUGCGUUAUUGACGAAUAUUUGCCAUUUAAAAGUAAGGAAACUUAUCAACAGUCCGAUUGAAUGGCUCCUUCAACAACUUCGACGUCAAUAUGAACAUUCUUAAUGUCACAUGGCACUCUUCUUGUCCUAGAGCCUCUAAGACAAACCAACGCAGAUCUCAAGAGUGCCAAUGAGGUUCUGGUUCUGAUCCAUGAGAUAGUUUUGGCAUACUGCUCCCUUUUUUUGAUGUCAAUUAGCUGUGCUAAACGGCUAUGAUACAUCAAGCACUCCUUUCCCAUUCCGCCAGUUGUGGUGAAGACCAAAGGUGUAAAUGUUCCAUGCUCGAUGUUCAGGACUCUCUUUGAGUAGAGACACUUUUUCUCGUUCUCAUGGAUACGAUAAAUUUGUUGUGGCUCUAGGUCCCUCUACGAUACAGCAUUAGGGUGACAGACCCUCACAUCGAAGAAUGAUGAUCGAUGUCACUCCCAGAAACCACGCGCGUGGAUAUCUAACUUCGCAUCCUGAGGCUUGUUAGAUCCUCUGUUUAAAUGUUCGCCGGAGAUGUCUUGAAGUACGGGCUCGAUCUCGACAUCGCUACACACCAUACUCAGAAAUUCAGCUAUGAGAUCUCUUAGCUCGUUGUGGCGUUGAGUAAUAAAACCUCCUAGUUUGCAAAUCAUAGAGUAAUCAACCGUAAAGGCUUCCCCACAAGCACGUGUGGAGGGGAUAUCUUCUACUGGUCUGUCGUAGCGUAGUUUAACAGCAUCACGGAACUUCCUCUUAUUCAGGUUAAAGCCCAAAUCCUAGAGGGGAAGCACUGUAAGCCAUGCUGAUGAUCCCUUUUCUGUCGCCAGAUCUAAUGCUCGCUAAAUCUUUCUUGGUGCCAUCUCCUUAAUACGCUCUGCCCUGUAAUCGAGUUCCUUUAAUCUUUCACUUCCUGUUGUGCUAGUUUUGUGAGGGAAUCUUCAGGUAACUGAUGUGACUGAGAUACCAAGGGGCUUUGUUACUUUGACAGACAAAGCAUAUUCGCGCCUUGCUUCAAGGGACGGGUUUCCACGGCCCAGGCCAACCGAGCGAACUGGCAGCGCUAGAAUAUUCCUAUCCAGCUGAUUACACUUGCGCUCAGUAAUCGCAGGAAUGAGCAUAGAGAAUAUGAGAUAUUGCAUUCUCUAAUGGCUCUAAUAGAUCGUUUAGUGGUCUUUUACUUCCUUUCUUCUCGCCAAGAAGUGGUAGAGACGGUUUGAGGUUAAUUGUUCUUGGGAGAGAUAUUUCGCUAUUUCACCGUUUUGAUUUUCUUGAAUAACCCUUAGGUUUGUCAAACCUGUAUUGAGCGGCCGGUAAGCAAUUCCCCCAAUUGUGAUCGCUUAAUACAGAUUUGACUGUACACCACAUUAGGAAAAUAAAAAACUUACCAGGUGAAUAUGGUCUCAGGCCCUUGUCAAGGCCCGAGGUGUUCAAAAUCUGGACAGCGCUCUCCAUUGGAUAAACCACUAGACAUUGGAUAAGUAUUAAUGAAAACAACGGAGAGGAUAAGUGUGACGUAACGUUACCAUGGGAGCUAAAUUUUUGGAUGACAACAAAAAGGAGUUUAAGCAAGGACGAUGGCGACAGCAACGAGAAUGACAAAAAAGAAAUCGGUUUAGAUUAGUUAAACAACAAGUUUGCACCUGCAUCCGACGCUUUUUUGGUACAUUUCUUAGCCGUUGUUGCACGACUGCGAUCUAACACCUGCUAAUUUCACGCGCCCGCUUUAUAGAGUAGGUGAACACAACAAAAACAUUCUUUUCUUUUUUGUAAACUUAGAUACCAUCCUUUGGGAUUCAACCCGGACAUUUCGCGAACAUUUGACAAAUUAAAUGAAAUUGAAUAAAAUUAAUGAAGUUUGAAACAGUGCAAAUUCACUUUUUAAGUGACGUUUUUGGUUUGUUGUCGUCCAGAAAUUUUGCUACCAUGGCAACGUGACGUAACGACUUCUCUCUAUUGCACUAUCCCCUGAAGAUCGAAGGACUUAUGCAGUUGUUGAUCUUCGCUUUAUCUUUGCUUUGCUUUAUGUUUUCAGACCAACUACACCUGAAGGAGUGGAAUCAGUACUUAGUGAGAAUGAUGAUCAGUAUGAAGAAGAAACCAGGAGGGUGGUUAGUGCUACAGCAAUUAUAUGAAAACAAAUUUCUAGCCUGUGUAGCAGUGGUUUUCGUUCCCUUUUAUAGUUUUACUAAAGUGGGAGAAGCAAUUCACACUCUCAAGGGGAUAGGUGAAAAGGAGGAAAAAACAAUUGAACUGGGAAGGGGUGGGGACGGAAGUCUUCUUUCCUACCCCUCCCUUCUGCUAUUUUUUAUUGCCCUCGCGCUUCUCCCGCUGCACACUCCAAAACUCAGUCGACCUCUUUUUUGCGUUCACCCUUAGGUAGAGCUUCGAAUAGUGGUCGGUCGUUAGAUAAUGCCAAACAAAAAUUUGUCCGCGGUCCGACAUGAUGACCGCACAGACCUAAUGCUGAAGACUUUUACAUUGUAGCUCAAACACGAGACACCCAAGGCUGGAGACUGAGCCUCGGAACCACCUUAACCGAGCCAAAACUUAGACUCCUAGCUGUUAAAACUUUUUGUGUGAACAGAACGAAAAUAUUGAACGGUCCGGUGUGAACGAAGUCACGGUCCGGUCAAAGUUUUCAUCCAGUCGAAAAUUCGUCCGUUAAUGCCCGUGUGAACGAUUGUGUGAACGUAACUUUAUUUGCGCUCGUUAAGCCAGUUUAGGUUUGCAUUCGUACGAACGUGAAAAUUGCCCCACACUGACAAUAAAAAUUCUCCUUAACUCUAUUCUUCACAUUUUUUUGGCGUUUACAGCUCGUCAUAAAUAAAUGUCAAAUCAAACUUAAAACUCAGGACUGUGGCGAUGGAAAACAGCAAGACCAGGUAGUGAAAUGUGUGGUAACAUUUCCGUUUAUUUAUCUACAAUACUUUCAUCGUAACAUAACAACCACGCUUGCUAGUAUGCAUAGAACUUACUAUGUGCGUUAAAACUGAAUGUUGAUCUUUUUUGUCUAGGCAAGCUUGAGUUUGCUCUGAACAGUUAAAACAAGUAUUGCGAUAAUUUUUCAGGAUUUUUCUGUAAGCUUACGGUACGCUGGAAUUAUUAAGUACACUUGCGCGUGCAUUGUUGUCAUUAGAUAAAAUGAGAUAGCACAAAACAUGAAAAUCACAGAAUCUGAAGUCUAAAUGUGAAUGUGAAUCUCGAAUACCAAUAACGAUGAAUAUGAUCAAAUGGGCUUAGUAAGUCAUUGGGUGAGAAAUUUUUAGCGUUUUGGAGAUGUUCUAUGCCAUAGGGCCUCAUCCUAUUCUAUGCCCGCGAAGCAUUGAAUGCAUUUUGCAAUAUUUUUGUUUCUGUAGCUGGAACUACUUCUUAAGUUAGAUGACAAGAUGAACAGACAUCUGAUGUGUGAUCUGCACCAAGGUAUAGUUUUACUAUCAUGAUUGGUUACAUUAAGUUGGGCGGUGCUGCUGAUUGUUGAAACGAGAAAGUUUUACGGCCUUUUUUUUGUUACUAAAGGAACUGUGUCACGACAUUUAUCAAAAUUCAAACAGUGAGGGCUGCCGCCAUAUUGAGUGAAACAUAAGAAUAACGGCUCAAAACAUUAAAAAAACUCAACAAUAAUCCGGUGUUGUAUAUUUUUUUCUUUCAUUUGCAGGAGAUAAGGGUAGCGAAAUGGCCGACGACUUGAUCCGAUGCGGGCUUAUCAAUAAGGUACUGAGCACCUGAAUCACCUUCAAACAGAGUUGGUGAUGAUUAACUUUCCUCUUGCUGCAUGUAAGGGUGGUAGAGGGGUUAAAUAAUACCCUUAAAGUAGGGGUUUGUCUUUGUCCGUAACGGAGUCGGGCGAGAGAUCUUGGGCUAGGUUGCAUAAUCUUAAAGAAAGACAAACGGUGUGGGUAGUGGCUGAUGGGAAUGCUUGGGGAAAAUGUCCUUAUUAAAUGAAGUCAUACCACAUUUUAAAAGGAUAAUUUCUUUGAGUAUUGUUCUUCAAGUUGUUUGUGGCUUUUUAACAAAGAACUUAUCUGGUCCCUCGGGACACAGUCUUACUGUCCCUCGGCACUAUUUCUUUCCCUGGACAGGAGAAUCGGGAAAAUAAAACGUACUUUUCUCACGGAGCCAUAAUAUAGUGCGCACAGAUUUUUUUCAUUAAUAUUGUUUUGUUUAUUUUUGCUAAUACAAAGGCUGAUCAUGAUUCAAUUGCCCGUGCCAUGCAAGAGCAGUUAGAUUUACACCCAGUUUUGAAGACCUGUAAGUAG